CCUGGCCGGUGUCAGGUUUACGGAACAGAGCUUCCAGGCAGGACGCGCGGUGGCCUGACGGACGCGAGAAUUCCUUUCGCCUGACCCGGCCCGUCCUGACCCUGCCCGGGCGCGCCAUGUUCGCGCGUGGGUCCCGGAGGCGUCGCUCCGGGCGCGCGCCUCCCGAGGCAGAGGACCCAGACCGUGGCCAGCCCUGCAACUCCUGCAGGGAGCAGUGCCCUGGCUUUCUGCUGCAUGGCUGGAGAAAGAUCUGCCAGCACUGCAAAUGCCCUCGGGAGGAGCAUGCUGUGCACGCAGUGCCUGUGGACCUGGAACGCAUCAUGUGUCGGCUCAUCUCAGACUUCCAGCGCCACUCCAUCUCCGAUGAUGACUCCGGCUGUGCCUCAGAGGAGUAUGCCUGGGUGCCCCCUGGUCUCAAGCCGGAGCAGGUAUACCAAUUUUUCAGCUGCCUCCCAGAAGACAAAGUCCCCUACGUCAACAGUCCCGGGGAAAAAUACAGGAUCAAGCAGCUGCUGCACCAGCUUCCCCCACACGACAGUGAGGCACAGUACUGCACGGCACUGGUAGAGGAAGAGAAGAAAGAGCUCAGAGCCUUCAGCCAGCAGCGGAAACGGGAGAACCUGGGGCGUGGCACGGUGCGCAUCUUCCCAGUGACCAUCACUGGGGCCAUCUGUGAGGAGUGCGGGAAGCAGAUCGGAGGUGGAGACAUCGCGGUGUUUGCCAGCCGAGCAGGCCUGGGUGCCUGCUGGCAUCCUCAGUGCUUUGUGUGCUCCACCUGCCGGGAGCUGCUGGUGGACCUCAUCUACUUCUACCAUGCUGGCAAGGUCUACUGUGGUCGCCACCAUGCCGAACGCCUGCGUCCGCGCUGCCAAGCCUGUGAUGAGAUCAUCUUCUCCCCUGAGUGCACGGAGGCCGAGGGCCGGCACUGGCAUAUGGGUCACUUCUGCUGCUUCGAGUGUGAAGCAUCCCUAGGAGGGCAGCGCUACGUCAUGCGCCAGAGCCGUCCCCACUGCUGCGCCUGCUACGAGGCCCGCCAUGCGGAGUACUGUGAUGGCUGUGGGGAGCACAUCGGCCUGGACCAGGGCCAGAUGGCUUAUGAGGGCCAGCAUUGGCACGCCUCAGACCGCUGCUUCUGCUGUAGUCGCUGCGGGCGAGCCCUGCUGGGUCGCCCCUUUCUGCCACGCCGGGGCCUAAUCUUCUGCUCUCGAGCCUGCAGCCUGGGGUCCGAGCCCACGGCCUCCAGGCCAGGCCGCCGCAGCUGGAGCGCAGGCACAGUCUCCGCACCGCUCGAAGCCUCCACAGCCUCUUUCUCUGCUGUGGAGGGGCCGUCGGAGACCUCCACCAAAGGCACCAGCACUGAGGUCGAGCCUGCUGCGGGCCCCGAGGAGCCCACCCGCUUUCUGAGAGGGGCCCCUCACCGCCACUCCAUGCCUGAGCUGGGGCUCCGCAGCGCCCCUGAGCCACCCUCAGGGACCCCCGGCCAUUUGGACCCUGAAGAUGAUUCUUUCAGUCGCCAAAGUGCCCCUCGAGUCAGCUUCCGGGAACCUCUGGUGUCUGACGGAGGCCCUCGGCGGACCCUGAGUGCGCCUCCAGCUCAGCGCCGCAGGCCUCGCAGUCCUCCUCCCAGGGCCCCCACACGUCGCCGCCACCAUCACCGCAGACGCAGGUCUGGCAGACUUCACCAUCAAUGUAACUUAGGAUCGGACUCCGAAUCUUGCUCCAGCUCCCCCUCCAGCUCCAGUUCAGAGUCCUCGGAGGAUGAUGGCUUCUUCCUGGGGGAACGCAUCCCACUGCCCCCGCACCUGACCAGGCCCCUGUCUGCUCAGGACACUGCAACAAAGACCCCCAACUCUCCAUCUCCAAUGGUCCCCGAGAACUCGGGGCCAGGAACGCCUCGCCAGGCCAGAGACAAGAACUGCAUAGUGGCUUGAAGGCGAGGCUGUCCUGGAGGGCUCCAUUUCUCCACUCUCAAGACUUGAGAAUAAAUCCCCUUCCUUUCUA